AUGCUCUCGCUAAUCAGAGCUGGAUUGUCAGGAGGUCUGAAAUCUAUGAUCUCAUCAUCUCCGCCACCAAAUUCUUUCUCCAAAUUCAUCAUGGAUUCAUCAGCUACUGGGCCCUCUUCCUGCUUUGCUGGGUCUCAGAGACUACGGGCCUUGGCCCAACAGCUCCGGAUGUACAAACCGCCAUCGGUUCCUGGCGAUGAUGAUGAUGAUAUUGAGGAGAAUAACCUUCAAGAAGCUGCUGGGAAAGUUGUUUCCCAAGUGGGUUUCUUGGAAUCUGCAACCCCUGUGGCGCAACAGCCUGAAAGGUUCAAACCCAAGAGGGCUGCUGUUUUGGUCUGUCUUUUCGAAGGGGAUUCCGGAGAAUUUCGUGUGAUCCUUACUAAAAGGUCUUCAAAGCUUUCAACUCAUUCUGGUGAAGUUGCCUUGCCUGGAGGCAAAGCGGAGGAAUCAGAUGCUGAUGAUGCCGAAACUGCCACGAGAGAAGCAGAAGAGGAGAUAGGGUUGGAUCCUUCAAGUGUUAAUGUGGUUACUACCCUUGAGCCAUUCUUAUCUAAGCACCUUCUAAGAGUAAUUCCAGUUAUCGGCAUCCUUCCCGAUAAAACAGCAUUCCGCCCAUCACCUAAUUCUGCGGAAGUUGAAGCUGUUUUUGAUGCUCCCUUGGAGAUGUUUCUCAAGGAUGAGAACAGGAGAUCGGAAGAAAGAGAGUGGAUGGGAGACAAGUAUUUGAUCCAUUUUUUUGACUAUGAAAUGGAUGGUAGGAGGUAUCUGAUAUGGGGCCUUACUGCCGGUAUUUUAAUUAGAGCCGCCUCUGUGGUAUAUCAAAGGCCACCAUCAUUCUUGGAGCAAACUCCGAAAUUCAAGAUACCCAGGGUUGUGAAUACAGAUACUACUAUGCCGUAG